CCCAGAACCUUUAGCAAUCUUCACAUCACACAUGUGUGGACAUCGGUUGAAAAGCUUCACGAGUACUAAUAAAAAGUGAAGUCAAGUGGGUGCUGGAGCGGAGCGGAGAGACCCGUUCCGUGUUUACGUGUGGGGUUCCGUAAAACCACGACGUGCGUAACAAGUUGGCCCAAAUGGCCCAAAUAACCGCAUAAUGGAAACAUCGACGCCUGGUUUGCCUCAAACAUCACAGGGACCCGGGACAAUGCCAGCAUCAGCUCAGACAAACUAUGGUAGGAAUUCAGAUGCGAAAUCGGGUAAGACGAAGAUCAGAAACUUCUGUCUUGGCGAAAACGGACAAUGGAAACUCCGAAGCGAGAUGCUUAGCCAUUCCGAACUUGAGAAGUACACCAAGAAGAUUAUUUGGGAUGAGUCUAUAUCACUGAAGGACGAUGAAGACUUUGCGAGACACCUGCUAGAAAGUCUUGAGGAGGAUCUUGGCUACAGGGAUAAAUUUACGUCUCAAAAGAAAAAUGACAGAGAUGAGAAGACAAAGAAGACAGAGCUUCAAACAAUGUUUCCCCACGAGGCAGAGAGAUGGGAGACUCUAAGAGACAGGGUCGUGAGCCUCCCGUAUUUUGACUGCUACCUCCAAAAGAAUCCAGACUGGAAAGUAGACGAGUUGUUCGGCUCUUGUCUGAUGGAUCGGUUAGAGGAGCAACUUAACAACUCAAAUGAUUGGCAAAAUUUUAACAAGACGACUUUAGAGGAAGUCACCAGCAGAGACAAUGCAGAUAUGGAGAAGGAGCAAGAAGACGAUGAAGAUGAUAUUGAAGACGUCAAUGAAGAUGAUUCCAGUGAAGAUGAAGAAGAUGGGGAUUCCAAAGAGGAUUUGGGUGAAGAUGAAGAUAAAAAUGAUGAAGAUUGGGUCGUUGAUAAUGAAGAUAAAGACAGUGAAGAUGAUGAUGAAAGUGACACAGAUUCUGAUGUUGUGUUAGUCGACAUUCACCAUGAUGAUUCUGAUGUUGUUUUAGUCGACGAUGACCAUGAUGAUUCUGAUGUUGUUUCAGUAUGUGAUGACCCUAAAGAUUCAGAUCUUGAGGUUUAUAAGCCACGGUGCAGCAGAAAAACAAGACAGGAUUCAAGACCCGUUCUCCAGCAUAAACAUGUGUCAUCUUCAGACAGAGAUAAGACAGAAGAGGAGUUAGAAAAAGAGAAAGAGGAAACCAUGACAGCGGAGAAGACAGAAACAGAUGGGAAGACAGUGACGAAGUCUAAGCAGACGAUGUUCGAAUGUAAGAUUUGUAGAGAGGUUUUCAGGACGCGUUUCCUUGUCACACAUCAUUUCACGACAAAACAUCAGAGACACGUCCACAGAUCCAUGUCUAAAGAGUGUUCCACUUUGCUGCGGCAUUGUGAAGAAUGUGGUAGCUACGUAUCCGGGUUGAAGGAACAUAAACUUCAGAAUCAUCAAGUCUGUCAGAACUGCAGAAGGAUUUAUAGCUCAAUUGAGAAGUUACGGAGACACACCGAGUCUCACACAAACCCAGACUCGCCCCUAGUAAGACCAAAGCAAAAGGUGUAUGAGUGCAAUAUUUGCAAGCAACACUUCGGAGCAGAACGUCAUGUCAUUCAACAUGUCUCAACAAAACACAAGAACUGUAAGACUAUGAACUCAGUACAGAAGAAGAGUGGGACAGUACUACAGACAAUGAAGGUGGGAGAUUGUGCCACAGUCCUGUGGUAUUGCAAAGAAUGUGACAGUUAUGUAGAUAAGUUGAAAUCACAUCGCCAAGAGAAACAUCAAUUUGUGGAAGUGUCUAGAAAAACUUCUAAAUCACUUAUGGGCCGUUACAGUGACAAACGAUGCAAAAUAAAAUGGCAGUUCAACUACCGCAUCAAGACGCAUGUUAAGAAGAUAAAAAAGAGCCACACUUGUGGGAUCUGCAGCAAACACUUCUGGAGACUACAAAAUCUAGCCUUUCAUAUGAAACAGAUUCAUUCCCAUGGCAAAACGUUUUUGUGUAGCUACUGUGGACUAUUUGUCUUCCUGAGUGAAAAUACUGAAAAGCACAAGUGUGUCUGUGCUGGUGCUGAGUUGUAUAAUGUGUGAAAAUGUGACGUGAAUUCUUCCCCCACAUUGUGGAUAUCAGAAGAAAGUGCAUGCAUUCAACAUGUGCAAUAAAGACACAGGCAUCAUUCAACCAACAUUUUAACAGAUUCUAAAAGAUUCAAAAAGAUUCAAAGUAAAUGUUGUUGAUAGCAUGCAAGCCUUUUGAUCGAUUUCUUGACAGUAAUUUCAGACUACCUGUUGAUCAUUUAUCAUGCUGCCGCCCUCUUGGUCACGUUCCUUGUAUCCAAUAACAGUAAUGGAUGCUAAUAUUCAUAGAUCAGAAGUGAACCAGACUAUUUCCUUUCCAGCCUCGGUGUGGUUGUAUUGAUUGUGAAGGUUUAUUCUUUCAUGUUCCCCUCUUUGAGUUUUUACGUAACACUAGUUUACAAUUCUGAGCUCAGUGUUCAUCUUAUGAUUCUGGGCCCAAUUAUGUAGAGCUACUUGGGCAGAAAUUAUUGGUAAAACUUUUCUGCUAAGCACAAAUGUGCAGGGUACCACUACUACCAGUUAAAGAUACUUCACUAGAAACGGUGUUUUAGCUGGUAACCGUUUUCUGGUAAGAAUAAUUUUGUUGUGCUUAGCUAGUUUUGUGCUUAAGAAAGCCCUGCUGAAGCACAAACUAAAGUUGCUUAAAAAAUGUGUGCUAAGCAGAAAUGAGCAGGGUAUCAAUUACAUAUUGUACACAUGAACAUGGUAUUUUGGGGGUAAUUAUCAAUUCUUGUGAUUUUUGUUUUGUUAUGGCUUAGCAGCUUUGUAUGCUUAAGUAGAUGUUUGAAAGCAGGACUUGAAUUUAAAUUAGAAAGCAGGACUCGUGUCGAUCGCUAGGGAAGUGAAGAACACACUAGUGACUAGAUUUUUUGAUCUGUGUAAUAUGAAAAUACAAUUAACAAAAGAAUCUUUUUUAAACAAACAGUUAUUCCCUUACUUCUGCGUGAAGCCCGCCCUCUUGGAGUACCACUCCGCAUUGAGACGGCUGAUUUAAGACACUGGAUCACUAUUGGUAAUUGUCAAAGACCAGUCUUCUCUCUUGGUGUUUCUCAACAUAUGCAUAAAUGUGUGAAUAUGUG